ACUAUUCUCAUUUUGUCAGAAUCUGGGCCGGCAGCAGGGCUUAUUAACCUCCAGGUCGCCCUCGAUUCGGUCAUGGCCGAGGUGACUCCUCAGAAACGGGUUCUGCCCGCGCGUGACAGACGAGAUCCCGCAUCGAAAAGAAGAGCGUCCUCGCCUGCGCAACUUGCUGCACCCGCGUCUGCGUCAACUCCUGCUGUUCGCAAGCAAACCUCCGCUGUCUCUUCAGAACCUCGCCACAAGCGUCCUUACAAGAAACGCGCCAGUCUGGUUCGAGUUCAAACACCAAUCUCGGUCUCACGCUCUCCCCCCUCGAUCUCUGUUGGCGAGGAUGUCCUUCCCACUCGAAUUGUUGCGAAUCAGCCGCUACCCACGAUCAAAGAGAAACAACCCUCCAACCUGUCCGUGCGGGAAUAUCAGUCAAUUGCAGAGAGUGCGGUCAUUGCCGCAUCUCUUCACCGCUCUCGGAUGCAGUGGCUAUACCAUGGCAUCUUCGAAAAGUACUGGGUCAAGCCUGUCAAGAGAAAGGGUGUUAUAGAGGCUCCUCCCAACAACCCCGACGCCAAAUCGAUGCAAAGGUUAGGUGCUGCGACUAUGACGAUCGAGCCCCAUACGUUUGAUAUAGUUUUCUACACGGUUCGUGAUCAAACGGGUCCUCCACCGUUUCAACGCCAUCCAAAUCAACAUGCCUUGAAGCACAUGGCCGCUCCGCCGCCGCCUCCUCACUCUCCCUAUACCAGCUUUCCGCCUCCUGGUCCAUACCACCAUGCCAAACCUCUGCAUCCACCUCCGUCUGCAUCGCCAUCGCCGUCGACAUCAGCCCUGCCUCGGGCUCCCAACCCUCCCGCACCGGUCAGAGAUACCCCACCCUCAGCGGUUCCGUCCCCCUCGCCAAUUGGGCCUCCUCCGAACCAGAUCAAACAAGAAAAGGAUUCAAGACCCUGCGCUGCUUCUUUUCCGCCAAACCCUCCUCCGGCCCAAUCCCCGCGCGAACAACCUCAGACGCCGCGUCCGGAGUCAAGGCCAAAUCCGCCUCCGGGGGGGAGAGGGAGUACGACAGAUCCAGUCAUCCAAAUGUUAGCAGCACGAGCAGCGUCUGAUCCUCAGUUGAAGGAGUUGAUGAAAAUCGUGGCAACUUCAAGGGCAUCACCUGAGCAGUUAAAAGAGUUCCAGGCUCAUAUUGACGAAUUCAACGAAGUGAUCCGGCGGCAGGAAGUCGAGCGCCUUCCCAAAGGCGACUCGCGGCCACCAAGCCAGCAACCACCGUCAACAACGCCAACAGUUCCAGAAGCCUCAAAACAGUCGGCCAUUGAGUCUAACCCCACUGCCCCUAGUUCUUUACCCCCAGGACCCUCGUCAAAUCCCUCACCUACAAUGGUCCCUGGGCGCUCGUCGACAUACAAUCCUUCACAACCGCCGCCACGUCAGCAUCCAGAUACUGCUACCCCUGCUCCCCCUCCUCCUGCUUCUGCAGGUCCACCGUUAGGACCAGGCGUACUACCCGGAGUGAUGCACACGUUUCCACAUGUUCCUCCACCAACUGGGCGUGGAGGUCCAAUGGGAAGCUACAUUGGGUAUCAUCCUCAGCCGCCGCAGCCGCCACCACCACCCCCAGCCCGACCAGAGCCCUUCAUCAAGCACAUUGUAAUGGAGAUUACGAGCGUUCCAUCGGGGAAUCAAGCUGCCUGUCCGGACAGAUGGCUCUUUCCCGAGUAUGCGGUCUUGGAAAUCCGUCCGGGAGGAUUGGAGAUGAUCUGUUCGUUCUUGGUGGAACGGAAAGGUUCGCAGAUGACGGCUGGCGGGGAGCCUGCGGAAGAAAAGGGCGAAAAGGAAGGCAAAUGGCAAGCGGAGCAAGAGUAUUAUCAGCCAGUGACCAUGAGCAUCAAGGCCCUGAAUCACCGGACGAUAGAGACGAUCGCGAAAGCAGCGAAGAUACUGCCGGUGGUGCAGGAACACAUGAAGGAAGUGAUGAGCAAAAAGCAACGGGCGCCAGUGGAAUAUCUGGUGCAUCAGCUACCACGCGAACGGAGCCAUGUGGGUGCAGACGGCACCGAGACUGGGUUCGUGGACAGCGGCGUGGACCUUGGCAGUGAUUCAGCAUCUGAGGACGACGAAUUGAAGGAUGUAUACGGAAUAUGAAGUGCCGAGUCAGUAGACGAGAUUACUGGGGGGUAUGGAUCAUCUUCGGCCAGUUUGAUUCGGCAGGGCGAUGCCCGGUACAAGUCCUUUGAUAGCUACAGUAGAACUGAGUCCUCUCAGGCUAGAGCGGCACAUGUACUGCUACCCGACCGGAGCCUGGCUGGGGCGAUGGAUUCAAAGCGGUCACUAAGAUGAGACCACGACAGAAGCGGGUUCCCGUUUUGAGUUUUGCUCCCAGCGCACUUAUCAAGGGUGUCUGUAGGAGAACCGUUAUAGGACAGCAGGAUACGUACGCCGUACACAGGAGGCGCCUGGAGGAUAUACAAGUACUGAUGAACGUU